AUGGUGACCCUGAUGCCGUGUAGCUACCUCGCCGGGGGCGCUUCCCCGCGCUGCAGCUUGGACCACGCCGAGCCAAAGGCAAAACGACCUAGACCUGAUACGGCAACCGAUGUAUCAGAUCGGUUGUCGGGCGAAGUCAACACUAGUCCUUGCGAAUCAGAAUCAACUUCAAACUCUCCGCCAUCCCUGCUGCAGGAUGCAACGUUGCCAGCUCUCCUAGUCUCCGGAACAUCAACACUGUUUCAGAACACGACAUCAGCUACGAAUACAGCUCUCAGUUUAUCGGCUGUUGAUAGUUUAUGUCUUCCUGGUACUUCUGAAGUGGAGAGCUGCAGUUUGGCGAACGGAUGCUCAACUGGUUCUUCGCUAGGGGGUCUGGCACUGCCGCUGACAUCAACUGGAGGAUUGUGUUCUACCUCCUCCUCAGCUGCGGUUGCCUGGUUGAUGAAUGAGGAUAGUGCGGGUGGUGUAAAGAGCGAGGUCCGGAGCCCGGGCCUGUGCGAGGCGGACGUGGCGCUCUACGGGGAAACGCUGCCGUACGACCAGUCGGCGCUACCCUACCAAUACUAUAAUAGUAUGCAGCAGUAUGGUAGUGGCAGCGCGGCCUCGUCGUACGUCAGCUCAACUCUGUACAACCAGCCGUAUGGGGCUUAUCCACCACCACACAAUACCAACAAUAGGUCGUCAUGUAAAGCGACGCCUACCUACCUGAGCGCGUACGGCGUGAGCAGUGUGAGCGGAGUGCCGAGCACUGGCUUUGGGACCCAACCCUCGCCCUACGCGUACUCCUCCUACAAUGGAGGACUUACGCAAUCGUUUCCUACUGCCCAACAAGACUACAGCACCUACGCAGCGGGGUACGCGGACCACAACGUGGCGCAGUACAGCGGGUACUACGCCACGCCCAGCUACUCCCCUUACGUCAGUUCCCCGAGCAGCAGCGGCAGCGCCGGACACACCUCAUAUCAUUUAGGAGGAGCUUUAUCAGAAUCUCCAUCGUCAUUGCUGCCGUCAAUAAAUGAUACAAGUCCCCUCUCACCUAUCAAAACUGAAGUACAUGCAGCAAGUCGGAGAUGUCGAGAGAACUCUGGUGAAAGUACAGCAUCUCGUUCACGCGGGCGUGGACGGCGUAACACAUCAUCGUCACCAGCACAACAUGUACCUGAACCUGCAACGGACCGAGUAUUUAUAUGGGAUUUAGACGAGACUAUCAUCAUCUUCCAUUCCCUUCUCACAGGGACGUAUGCUACUAAGUACAAUAAGGAUACACAACAAAUAGUUCAAUUGGGUUUUAGGAUGGAAGAAAUGAUAUUUAGCCUGGCGGAUACACAUUUCUUCUUUAACGAUGUUGAGGACUGUGACCAGGAGCACAUAGACGCGGUAGCGGCGGACGACAACGGGCAGGACCUGUCGGCGUACAACUUCGCGGCGGACGGGUUCCACGCCGGCGCCGCGCCCAGCGCCGGGCUGUGCGCGCCCGGCGUCAGGGGCGGCGUCGACUGGAUGAGGAAGCUCGCCUUCAGAUAUAGGAAGAUCAAGGACACCUACAAUAACUAUAGAAAUAGUGUGGGUGGUCUACUAGGUCCUGCUAAAAGAGAACAAUGGCUGCAGCUGAGAGCGGAACUUGAACAGGCGACAGACAACUGGCUCACGUUAGCUUGCAAGUGUCUCAAUAUGAUCAAUUCUAGAGAGAACUGUGUGAACGUAUUGGUGACGACAACUCAACUAGUGCCAGCGCUGGCUAAGGUUCUGCUGUUUGGUUUGGGAGGUGUAUUUCCCAUAGAGAACAUUUACUCCGCCACUAAAACUGGAAAAGAAACUUGCUUCGAAAAAAUAAAACAGCGCUUCGGAGAACGUUGCACGUACGUAGUCAUCGGGGACGGGCAGGACGAAGAAGCGGCCGCUAAAGCCAAGAACUACCCGUUCUGGAGAAUAUCCAGCCACUCCGACAUCGCCGCGCUCUACAACGCGCUCGACAUGGGCUUCUUAUGA